CCGUCACACUGCGCAUGCGUCAUUCAUGUCCGGCCUCAGAUCCUGGGGAUCACGUGACGGGGAUGUCUGUGCACAGCUGACAGCGGUCGCCUUCUCCCCGUGCUUGAGCUCUGAGACCCCCAAAUGGGCAGACGCCGGCACCCCGAUCUGUACUACGCUCCCUUCCCCCUCUACACUGUCCGCUUUCACCGGGAGGAUGGGACAGUCAUCAUCGGUGGAGGAGGCGGAGCCUCGAAGACCGGCAUCAAGAAUGCCCUGGUGAGUGUCAAUCCAAUCUCUGGUCAGAUCAGCGCUACCCUGCUGCAUGCACAUGACACUGAGACCAGGGCCACCAUGAGCCUAGCCGUGGCCGGGGAGGUGCUAGCCGCUGGACAGGACGCUACCUGUCACAUGAUGCGCUACCACCAUCAUCCGAAGACAGAGAAGAGCGAUUGUGAUGUCCAGGACAAGACAGGAAGUAAUGAUCGGGGGUCACGGAAGAGGAAGCCAUCAAAGAGCGGCUCGGAUGGAGGGGCCACCAAGAACGACAGCCCGGAGAUCUCCCUGCAGACCAUCUCGGUGGUCCAGACCGACUUCAGUAGUGAUAAUCUGCAGAAGUCUGUGUACUUUAAUGCGGACUGUACCAAGCUGCUGACGGGGGGAGCCGAUGGACAUAUCCGCAUCUGGGAG